AUGUCGUCCUUCGAGCUGAUCCCGAUGCACGGCGGCGGCGAUGCCAUCCAGCUUCCGCCGGGGGAGACCGUCCUCGGCCGGGGGCCUUUCCUCCGAGUGAGCGAUAAGCGAGUGUCCAGACAUCACGGCCUGCUGGACAACCGAGAUGGGCGACUGCGCCUCAAGCCGACCCACCGGAACCCGUGCUUCCUGCAGUCGUCACCCGGCGACGAGCCCCGCCCCCUGCAGAAAGACGCCUGGUUGCGGGGGGCGUCGGCGGGCGGGGGACCGCCGCCGGCGGCGGACGGCCCCGUCGGUCCGGUCAAGAGCGAGCCGGACCGAAUGUGUGGCCCUUUCGCGCAGGCGGCGGGGCGCGCGGCGGCCUCGCCCGCUCGCGAGAAACGACGACGUUUACCUUCGUGGAUGAUGAUGACGGCGGCCGUCCGGACGCCCGCCUCCCCCGGUCGUCGAGCCGACGAGAAAAGCCGCGGCGGCGAGGACCUCGUGCCGCGACGGCUCCGCCCCCCCCAGACGGCGAACGGCCUGCCCUUACGGAAACCGCUGCUACAGGAAGAACCCUCUCCACUUGCGGGAGAGCAGCCAUCCCGGAGACUCGGACUACGAGGAAGAGGAGGAGGAGGCGGCGGAGGAAGAGCGAGCCGAGUGUCCCUACGGCGCCGAGUGCUACAGGAAGAAUCCCCUUCACCGUCAACGAUACCGACACCCAGAGCGAGCAGUCGGCAGCAGGCGGGCCGUCCCCAAGGCGGGGGCGGCGCCCGACACGGAUCGGGACUCCGGCGACAGCUUCAUCGACGACGACGACGACAAUGAGGACGGCGACUCGGAUUACGCCCCGCCGCCCGACUCCGACUAAACCCGAACGCGGAAGUCGACGGCGACCUCUCGCAAGUCACCGGAAACAAACGUCGGCCACCGAGACCGGACGUGAUGCUGCGCGUCGAAACCCAAGGUCCCCCCCCCUCCCCCCGAAAGCCUCAAUCGCCGCUCCGAAACGUUUUCGAGGCGCGAUUUCACCGCAGAUGAGUCAAUGGCUGCUUUUGACUUUGACAAGAGUCGAGUGGUGCGAAUAAAAGCUUUUUGCUCUGAAAGACAAA